AUGUUAGAGGAUGCUGGUUUUAUACCAAACGGCAACAGAGAUGCCCCCAUAACUGAGGGUAUGCAUGGUGCUGAAGUUGAACAGAGACUAAAGCAACCUGAUGACAAGAAAAUGGUGGAUUCAGCAGCACCUUUUGUUGGUAAUAAUCAUGAUUUGAGGCCUCACAUUUCGCAGCAACCAGUAACUGUCUCGCACGAUGUUACCUGGCCGACGGCUCCGAGAACCCUUGUGCCACUACAGAAGCCUGGUUUGAUUGGAGUUUCUGUGAGACGAGAAGUCAAUCCCUCAGAGUUAAACCCUGAGUCAGGGAGAAGAAUCAUCACCAUGCCUCACGGACAGGAUGUGCAGGAACUUGGGUUGGGUGACUCUUCAAAUCUAUCAAGACCACUUGUACAAGUAGCAGUACCAUCACUCCAGGGUCGCGGAGGAUGCUGA